AGAGAGAGAGAGAAAAUGAGAGACGUGCUGUCAGAGUGAGAGCUGAAGGACAUGCAUCCAUUUCUACACAAUUUCAGACUGUCGCUACUUUCAUUUACUCAUAUCCAGGCGCUUUUCUUCACAAGAGGCUAAUAAUGCUAAUUAACGCAACGGGUGGAUUUAUUUCCUGAAAUAUUAAAGAGCGCACUAAAUCCUUUUCCCGAAAUCUAUUUUUUUCGAUUUUAUUUCGAUCAUUGUUGCAGGUGUUAAACGCAACAGCUUUCGUCUGCAGGAGUCUCAUUUUAAGAAAUAGAGGUUUAUACGUCUGUCAUUAAAAACCUUCAAUCUGGAAUCACUGCUUGACAACGGACGAGGACGAAAUGAUGGCAUUAUUCUGACAACAUGAAAAAGAAAAAGUGCGGAGGAAUAAUAUUGCACUGCUCUUGAAAUCACCAUAUGAAGGUGGAGAAAGACUGAUUGGAGAGAGUUUGUAUUUUAGAUGCAAACAUAUGCCCAAAUAAUGCAGAGCACUGAUGGUAAUGUGAUGAGUCUUGCAUUUGUCACAGAUAUUGCUGGAAGGAGCAAGAGGAGAGGAGGGGGUGUCAGAGAGAGGGUGGACGAGAGAAGGCGAUAGAGAGAGAGAGAGAGAGCGCUCAGAGCGAUUAGAUGUGGAUGGGUUCAUAGAGUUGAGGAGCAGAGCACAAACAUAUCUGCUGGAGCCUGGUUGCCAUGGAUCCCCCUCCCUCUCUGAGUCUGGCCCUUCUCAGUGCGAGCGAAGACGAAGAGCAACGUCUGCCCCUUCCUCUCGGUGGUCUCUCCCAUGCUUCCCUUUCUGGCAACUACCCUGGGACCAACCACUCGAAUCACACUGGAGGCAACAGCAGCUUGGAGCGUCUCAAUGGCACUCCGUCGCCCACCACACCGAACCUUCCCCCGGCAUCGCUGCCCAAGCUGCCCUUGUCCACGACACCAAUCCCCAACGCUCUCCACCCCACCAGCACACCGCUCUCCUCCUGCCUGGGCAGCCAACAUAGCCUGAGCGGGGAGACCUCGCCUGUCUACAACGCUCUGUUCUACUCCUCUCAUUCGCCUUCCACUGAGCGAGAGCGGGAGAGGGGAUGCAAGCACAGGCAGGCCAGUCCGCUGGUGCACAGGCGGGACAGUAACCCCUUUACCGAGAUUGCCAUGAGCUCUUGCAAGUACAGCGGCGGCGUGAUGAAGCCGCUCAGCCGCCUCAGUGCCUCCCGCCGGAACCUCAUCGAGUCCGACAGCGGAAGUGACACCAAAGAGGGCGGGGCGAGUGGGAGCCAGGUGACCGCGGCCUCCUCUCAACACAGUCAGCCCCAAACCCAGAACCCCCCAGAGAUUGUUAUCUCCUCAAAAGAGGAUCCUCCUUACGGACACGCUUACGAACUCGAGGCCUCGGCCAAUCAAAUGUCCAUCUACCACCAGAACCACGCCCUCUCUGAGAGCAGGGGUGUGCUGGGAGGCGUGGCACGGGGCGGGACUAAUGGAAGGAGGGGCGGUGCUGUCGUGGGAGGGCCGGGGAGGACCGCUUCCAAAGCCAGUAAACGUAAGAAUCAGAACAUUGGCUACAAACUAGGCCACAGGAGGGCACUGUUCGAAAAGAGGAAGAGACUUAGCGACUAUGCGCUCAUAUUCGGCAUGUUUGGCAUUGUUGUCAUGGUGAUUGAGACCGAGCUGUCCUGGGGUGUCUACACUAAGAGCUCCAUGUAUUCACUGGCACUGAAGUGUCUUAUCAGCCUUUCCACCGUCAUUCUUCUUGGACUAAUCAUCGCUUACCAUGCUCGAGAGGUGCAGAGAGUUAAGAAACACGCAGACCAAUCAGAGGAGUCCAUACUGGGAAGUGACUGA